GGUGAAGAGGUGGAUUUGGUCGGUUGCAACCGGCCAAACAGCUAGCGCAAGCCUCGAGAAGAAGUCAAUGGAGGAAGCUGCGAAAUGGAGUUAUUUCCAGAAGAUUCUGCCAUGAGAAGAUGAUGAAAAGAGGCAGAAGGAGAGAUCAAAAUUCAAUUCAAAAGGAUGAAAGUGUCAACACUCAUCUUCUCUUUUCUUCUUCUCUUCACUAUAACCAGUAGUUUCUUCUCUCCAACAAGAGUAAGAGCCAUCUCUCACUUCUCCUCACCAGAUCAAUCAAUUUCAGGCUCAGAGUGCAAGGCAUGGCUGGUCCAAUCAAUCCCCACCCAGAUGCCCCGCCUCUCUCCUGUUCAUGGCGUUCUUUCAACUGCGGAUGUUUUUCGGUGGAUGGCUGGAAAUUCUUCCAAGAGGCUGGAUAUAUUGGCUCAAUAUUGGCAAUUAGUAGCCCAGCCUGAUGAUCCUCGUUCUGGGGAUUAUGGAUACUCAAAAGCUGAAAUGCAAGGUUUUGGUGCCGAUGAAGGUUUUAGUGUUUAUAAAGCAUUAGAAAAUGCUGCUGAUCGCAAUAUUGAUAUCAGGCUUUUGCAGCACUCUGGAGUAUAUCCUGAUUAUACCAAAGAACCAUCUAACCUUGCUUCAGGGAGGCCAAAUGUGAAGAAUAUCACCUUACUGUUAAGUGAGUGGUGGGGAUCAGGCAUAGUCCACUCAAAAGUUUGGAUAUCAGAUAGCCGGAAUGUUUAUAUUGGAUCUGCAAACAAUGACUGGAAAUCUCUUACUCAGGUAAAGGAAGUUGGGAUAUAUUUUGCUGGUUGUCCAAAAGUAGCUAAGAAGCUUGAAGUCUACUAUGACAACUUGUGGAAACUUGCAUCUCUUAAAGCAUCGGUUUACACAAAAACAAUAUGGGAUCAGCAGUGGCAGAUCACCAGAAAAGUUCCUUGUUGGUCCCAUUUUAUUCAUUUCAAGGAGAGGUGCAGAUCACCUAUCCAUCGUUAUGUUGAGGUUCCUCAUGUAGCAGGCUAUCCAGAACUUUCAGACCCUCACAUGUUUCAAAUGCCAAUUCUAACUCCAGGAAGCAACUUUUCAACUUUGCAGCAUCAAUCCAACUAUCUGUCGUUCGCUCCACCAGAGCUGUUGUUCCAUAAGUACCAGACAGAUGAACAGGCAUGGAUAGACACAAUUAAAUCUGUAGGGUUCGGUGCAACCGUCAGAAUUAAUACUAUGGAUUGGCUUGGCCAAUCCCAGUACACAAAACAAACAGUUUACUGGUCAUCCCUUUCCUCGGCAAUAUCAGAGGUUGUGUUUUCUAAGCAUGCAAAGGUCAAAAUACUGGUAGCAUACUGGGCACACUUCAUCAACAGCACAGAUCAGUACCUCAAGUUUCUUCUCUACUCCAACACCCUUUGCUCUUCUUCAAUGUACAACAGAUGCUCCGGCGGGAUUGAGAUCAAGUACUACGUCGUCCCCGGAUUCAACUCCACCGGACCUGCCAUCGCUAACGGGGCUAGAACCGGGAACACAUACCCCGGCUAUUCCCGCGUCAACCAUGGAAAAUACGCGGUGAGCGACGUGCGAGCCCACAUCGGGACCAGCAAUCUCAUCUGGGAUUACUUCUAUACGACCUCUGGUGUCAGCUUCGGGACCUAUCACCCUGCCAUUGUUGCACAGCUUCAAGAAGUUUUCGAUGCUGACUGGUACUCACCUUACACUGUUCCGGUUGAGGCAUUGCCGGAAGGCCAUGCUUAUUCGAGCUGAUGAUGACAACUUGGUUUUGAGCCUCUUUGGGGGUUGGCUGCUUCGCAAGCCCUGGUCUCUUGGAAGCAUUAGAGCUUCUGAUUCUUUGUCAUCCUAGAGAUCAGCCAGUCUUGAAGCUUUGCCAACACAAAUAAAUUUGAUUCCGUAAUUUAUCAUAAUUAGAGGACCAAAAUCCAAUUUCAGUAUUCAUGGCAAUGUCAUCGCUUUAGGAUUACAAUCAAACUGAACCGAACCGAGUUGAGUUUGGGUUUGGCUCGCGAGUCAGUUUCUAGACUCUAACUUUAAAGCUUGGGUCAUUAAAUGAUUGAGGAGAAUGAUCUCGAGCCUGAGCUUCUUUUGA